AGGAGACGGAGUCGCACGUGCGGCCUAGCAGAGAGAGAGAGAGAGAGAGAGAGAAAUGGAUGCUUGGUAUCAUCAUCCGCCGCCGCCGCCUCCGUUCCCAGCCUGGGGCAUCUCCGGGCACUGGCCGCCGGGGCCCCCCGGGCCCCCCGGGCCCUGGCACUGGGCCUCGCCCCAGGCUCCACCGCCACAUUCAGGCAGGCAUCCUCAUUUUGGUGAAGACUGGCAGGUGAAACACACUGGACUGCCACAAGCUGGAGCCUGUCAAGGCAGGAAGCACAGACAGAAGAACAAGAAGAGAAAGGAACCUGUUUUUACCCACUAUUGUGAUACAUGCGACCGUGGCUUUAAAAACAAGGAGAAAUAUGAGGAACAUAUCGCUCAGCACAAGCAGUGUACUGAAGAUGGCUGUAACUUUAGAGCACAUGAGAAGCUGGUUCAGAUUCAUUGGAGAAAUAUGCAUUCUCCUGGUGUCAAGCGGAUCAAAUUGGAUACCCCAGAUGAAAUUGCAAGAUGGAGAGAAGAGAGGAAAAAAAAUUUCCCGACUUUGGCAAAUAUUGAAAAGAAGAAAGCAUUAAAGGUGGAAAAAGAGAGUCGAGGAGAAGUGCUGACCACUUUACAAUUUGGCAAGAUGAAGGGAAUGUGGAAACCUCCGAACGAAGGUUCUAGGCCGCAAGGAAACGCACAGCGGAGAACAAAUCGGCGCUGGAAUAAAUCUAGGAAUGCUGCUAAUAAGAAAGGUGCCCCACUCAACCCUUCGACCGGGACCCUCUCUUUCCCAGAAUCCGACAAAGAGGUGGGGACAUCCAAAGAUCAAGUUUUGGAAACUAGGGUGGUUCCGAAGCAGCUGACCUCGGCCCUGAGCUCGCUGGUGGUCAACUACGGCAGCUUGACCGAAAGUGAGAGUGAGCCGGACGAGUCCUCCGCUCCCAGAGAAAACGCGGUAACUGGGAACGAUGUUGCCGUUCUCAGAAACGCCCCUCGGUCUUCAAAUCGCUCUCAAAGCGGCGAGUGCCAGAACCGCCAAGAAACUCCCGGUUGCCCGCCGAACGGGGCCACGUUAGGGAGAUCAAAAGCACAUUCCAGGAACACGAGGAAUCAGAAAAGGCAGAAGAAAACAAUGCGGGCGUUGCCAGCCCACCAUCCUACUUUGCUAGAAAUGCUUCUAGCCAAGGACAUACGGCACGAAAGGAACGUGGUCCUUCAGUGCAUCCGCUACAUCCUGCAGAACGACGGCCUGGGAUUCCGUUUGGGAAGCCCUUCGGACGCUCCGUCGGACAGCGAGCCGAGCCCCGAGCGCACGCAGAAGUCGGCGGCAGGCCAACCUUGCCAAUUAACCCGCCCUCUCGACUUGAACCCGAACAAAAUGCCACCGCACGAAGUAGGUCAAAGCGAAGAGGGUGUCUUCUCCUCUCCAGCUGGGGAUGAAGAUAUUUGGGAAUCCACAGAGAUCACUCAUGAAGACAACUAAGUCUUUUCUUUUUUCUCUUUUCUUUUAACCUAUGCCUGGGUAACGGUUACCCACCCAUCUUUGGAUGCUUGCUGAAACGCCUCAGACCAGGGGGGGGUCUCCAACCUUGGCCCCUUUUGAGAUUUGUGGGACUUCAACUCCCAGAAU